AUAUUGUGACAAAAUAAAAACAGUUCUGUUUGUAAUCAGUGAAAAAAAUAUGAUAUAAUUGGCAAAUUUCACCAAAACAUAAAUCAUAGCUCUUUAACUAUGAAGAACUGCUUUAUUUGAAAGUAAACAGUAUUUGCUAAUUGACUCAAAGAAGCCUUUCAUUUGUGUAAAAGACAGAAUGAUAGAGUAAAAUAUAGAAUCCUAUCUAAAUUUUCAGAAUUUUUGUGGUCCAGAAUUUUGAAACAAUGGGUUUGAUAAAUACUGUCAUUGGACGAUGGGGACUUUUGAUGGUCGCAGUCUGCAGUUCAAUGAAUUGCAGUGCAGCCAAGGAAAACACCAAGGGUUUAUCUGGUAAGAGUUCUGAUGAUAACUAUUCAAUUCAAGAUAAACAUGGUAUGAACUGUACUAAAUGUCAAUUAAUCAAAAAUAAUUUAUUUAUUAGAUGAUAUUUAUUUGUUAUCACAAGGUCAUGAUGGUUCCUCAAGUAAUGAAACAAACAAACCUUACACUACAAUAACAAUGGAGAUUGAACAGUUGACCAUUACAACCGGUGCUGAUAUUGAACAGCUUGACAAAACAAGCACUUCUGGAAUCAAACAGUCUAACACAACAGCCGCUACUGAAAUCAAACAGGCGAACAUAACAACAACUACUGAAAUCGAACAGCCUAACAUAACAGCCACUGCUGAAAUCAAACAGCCCAACACAACAGCCGCUACUGAAAUCAAACAGCCCAACAUAACAACCACUACUGAAAUCGAACAGCCUAACUCUACAAUUGCUCAAGUAAUUGAUGAGCAAACCACUGUAUCUAACUCGGAGCAUAUGAGAGAUAUGGAGUUCUUUGCACAGUUCAACUAUUAUUUCAACUUUUGGAUUCAGGCCUUGUUACGCAUUUUCGGUAUCAUUGGUAACAUUUUCAACUUGAUCAUUCUAAGUAGACCGGAAUUUAAGGCUAAAAACAGCUACAAUAUUUUAUUGCUGUCACUGGCAGUUGCCGAUAUGAUAACACUGAUAAUUGGCCUGCCUCUGAACAUCCUCAUCGAAAACUCCAUGUUUUUACACAAAUCGGUGUCAUUCGAAUGGCAAGUGUAUAUGUACUAUGGCCUAUUUACUGUUGGUUACAUGUCUAUUUCUGCUGGAAACUGGACAACCACUAUGGUCAGUAUACAGCGAUAUAUUGCCAUUUGCAUGCCACUGAAGUGUAACAGGCUAUGUUCCUCAAAGCGCACUCGUAUCGUCACAGUAACCAUCUGGUUGUUGUCUAUUAUCCUCUUCACCGAGAACUAUCUAAACUACAGUGUUGAGUAUGUAACCGAAGGAAACUCUACAUAUCCAAAGUUCGUCAAAGGCAUCUUACGUUGGCCUCUUUAUGACAGCAUAAUGAACAAUGUUCAGAUCGCGCUAUGUUCCUACGUGCCCUGGUUCAUUUCAUUCUGCGCUAUAAUUCGCAUUGGUACUGAGCUGAGUCUAAAAACAACAGAGCAGGAUAUCCUUAGGAGCACCAAAGAACCUGGCCAGCAGCAGGAGGUAAAAAUCACUGCUAUGUUGACGUCGAUUGUUUUCGUUUACCUUAUAUGUAGUAUACCAACGAGUGUUCGCUACAUCGUGCGCUCCACAGUAACUGUACCUGUUUAUUACAGUCAAGGUGUUCCCUACAUGGUCCUUGAUGGUUUAGCUAACUUUGGUAUUGCUUUUAACAGUGCUAUAAACAUUGUACUGUACUCUGUCACAAGCCCUAAAUACCGAAGGAUCUUCAUCAGUAUCAUAUGUCCCUGUUACACAACAAGGAGGUCAUUAGAUAGUAGUACAUCCAACAUGCGUUCAAAUGAAACUGGCAUGUCAUCUACAGCUAGUGUAGAUCAGAUAGCGCUAGGACAAACCAGUAUGGACCAGAAAGGUCUUGAUAAGAAUAGACAGGUUUAGAGAAGAGCAGUUUGGGUUAGAGAGUAUUU